GAGACAGACAGACAGACAGAGACAGACAAAGACAGACAGACAGAGACAGACAGACAUACAUAGACAGACAAACAGAGACAGACAGACGGACAGAGACAGACAUGUUAGACUCUCCUGAUAUCUCAGGAGAGUCUAACAUGGCAGAGAAAGCUCUUCAUAACGCAGCAGCAGGUUCUCUCUUGGAGCCUGGUGACUCUGCUAAGUAUCAGGAUGUCUCCCGUUUCCUACAGAGCCUGACUGAUCGGCAACUACAAGUGAUACUUGGUGGAAUGCAUCAAAUGUUCACGAGGGGCGAAAUCACCACAAUGAACAUGGACAUUGAAAAGAUCGUGAGCACAUUGUCACAGAAAGUCAUCGUUCCAAAAGUUUGUGAGUUUCUGAAUGUGGAUGCCGGGUCGCUUUUCUUUGCAAGACCAGGGUUCUCAAACCAUUCUUUGGAGUCAGUCACCAAAGACAUUCUGAAUGCCAUUGUGAAGACAGUCAUUGACGCUCUUGAUGAUUCUCACAUGUGUGAGCUGCGUAGAAAUGUGACAGAAAAGACUGAGCUCCUGGCAUCUUCAUGUGGGUCAGUUGAGCUCUGUAAUUUGUCACUGUCUGUUGAGCCCAGUGCUGAGAGCUUGACGUCCAAAGACCAGCCACAACUUCAGGAAUGUGCUAAAGACGUGAUUCUUGAGGUUUACACCAUCUAUCGGGCCAAAGAACUCAAGAGUGCGUCAAAUUUGUCUUGCCCUCCAAAGAUGUGCGCGACAGAUUUUGCAGAAUGUUUGCUAUCAGAGCUGAGUGACAUCAAAACGUCCUCUCAGAGUUCAUUGAUCAGUGAUGAUAUCAGCUCUGAUCCAGCCUGUGGUGCAAGUGACAGCAUGGCUGAUAAAGCACUCAAAAGAGCUAAGUCCUGUCAUAGAAUCCCCAGCCUCAUGAAACUCACAAAUAUGGCUUGCAAGAUGGAGACUUCCGUUCCUGGACAAACUCUGAGGAGCGCGUCCUUGUAUGCCAAAAUCGUUGUGGAUGAGCUGUUAGUCCAACUGGACUCAUUUACAAAGUCCGAGGUAUCUGAGGAUGCUCAGUCAGUACUUGGACAAUGUACCUCUGAUACAUCUCUCAUAUCAGAGUUGCUUGUAGACCAUUUAAUGGCAUACAUCCUAGAGGUGUCAGGUUCAUCCUUUGGAGACCGCAGACCUGCCACUACUCUGGAUUGUCGGGUACCUUCUUUCUGCCGAAGCUUCUCAGCUAAGAGCUUCCAGAAAAUCCAGAGUGAGGAUACUCGGACCAAGGCAGCUCAGGAAGUGAGUAAAAUCUUACUCGAGUCUUCAAGCUUCCUUGUGAGUUCUCCACGUUCCCGGCAUGCUCACACUAGCCAAAGACACUGCAGUGUGGAACCAACUCCGUCGGAAUGCUUGGUUAAGGCAUCCGACCUCGUCGAUUCUGUCAUUGAUGGAAUUUGCGAACAUCUGGAUUGUUCAACGUCACCCAAUGGUUUGAAAGAAACACGAUCUGAAGCUUUGGGUUGGAUGGAAUCAGGUGUUGACGCCCCUGAGGACAUUCUGUGGUACACUGCAUGUAGUACUUACAACAGUGCCAUGAGACACCUAAGGGAUUUUUCUGCAAUGUAUCAGCAGAAACCACCUAAGGUUGAUCCUUUAGAGAUCAAUGUUGGGGGAACUGUUGGUAAGAAAUCACAUCUUGAAAGACCAUCAGUGAUCAAUGAACACGAGCCACCCAAGAACAGAGAGAUGGUUUCAAUGGCCUCUUUACUGGACACCAAUCAGGCCACUGAAUCCUGCCAGAAAACAAAAUCACAGUUAUCCUGACGACACCCAGGUUUACUUCACUCUCUCACCAAAAGACUGUGGUCCCGUAGAUACUUUGUGUCGGUGCUCAGAGCAAAUCCUGAGUCGAUCAGAGGAGGAUGGGUUCCCCUUUUUGAGUCUUGGUUCCUCUCAAGGUUUCUUCCUCUUGCUCUUAGGGAGUUUUUCCUUGCCACUGUCGCCCUCUGCUUGCUCAUUUGGGGCUCGGACCUGGAUUUUCUCUGAACCUCCUUUGUGAUGCUCGUUGUAAAAAGUGCUGUAGAAACAGAUCUUGAAUUAAAGGAUCUGUCAACAUCUCCUCCAGCUAAAUCAACACAGAAGUUGUAUUACUUGGCAGUGAGGAGGAAAGACCGAAGAUCAUUGCACACUUCAGAGCUCCAGUAUCUAAAGACCAAGUCAGAAACCUGGGUGUACUGACGGAUCCAAAUCAAAGCUUUAAUCCAGCCUGAAAUUUUGGCCUGAAAACAAAUUUGGACUUGGAACUGCCCUUUUACAAAUAAACAUUUAAUAAAUAAAUUUUCAAAUACUUGAUUCACAUGUAGAAUAAAGGUUUUUACUCUUUGUUUACAUUACAAAUGUUUGUAAAAAAAAAAAAGUAAUAGGUGAUGUGGGUCUGUCUAUCUAUCUAUCUAUCUAUCUAUCUAUCUAUCUAUCUAUCUAUGUAUCUGUUAGUAUGGAACAUGUCUUUUAGUUUCCAGAAUGUAGUCUACAAGAUGUAGGGCACAGGGUUCAGGGUGUAGGGUGCAGGUGUUCAUGGUGUAGGGAGCAGGGUGUAGGGUGCAGGGUUCAUGGUUUAGAGAGCAGGGUGAAGGCCACAGGCUGUAUUAAGCAGGGUGUAGGGCCCAGGCUGUAUGAUGCAGUAAGUAGGGAGCAGAGUGUAGGGCACAGGCUGUAGGAUGCAGUAAGUAGGGAGCAGGGUGUAGGGCACAGGCUGUAGGAUGCUGUAAGUAUGGCUCAAGCUGUAGGGCGCAACUAGUAGGGCGUAGCGUGUGGACAUGAACACUUCCUCAUUUUUUUAUUUCAUUUGACUCGCUUAUAAAAGCCACACUUACAAAAAAAUCUUACAAAAAUCGAAGCCUGUAAAAUUAGGCUUUAAUACUAAUUAAAAUUAAAAUGUCUAUAUUUGUGUUGUAGUCAUGGCUACACCUGGUUCCUAUCACCACCACUGUAAAGAAACCUGAUCCUGAAGCCUCGUUAAGCUUUGACUUUGUAGAUCAGUAAAAAGUGCUUUUUUUUUUUUUAAUCAAUCAAUCAAUCAAUCAAUCAACCAAUCAAUAAACCUUUAUUUUGACUCAGAAGUACAUUGAGGGUGACCUUCAUUUACAGUGUAGCUGAGCAAAUUAAACAGAGACUGAAAUAGUUGAAGUGAAAUUGAUCAACUAGAACAAGUGAAAAUCAGCAAAACUAAAAGACGUAUUAAACAAUAAAUAAAUAAAUAUUAAUGUAAUAAUAAAUAAUAACGGCUGAAAUAUGAAAC